GGGGACAGGCGGACCCGCCCUCCCUGCGGAGCCGCGACCCUGAGUCCACCGGCUGCAGAUGGGUGCCCGAGGCGCCAAAGAUGCAGGCGGGCCGGGGCGAGACGCCGGCGCCGGCCAGGGAGCUCUUCCGGGACGCAGCCUUCCCCGCGUCGGACUCCUCGCUUUUCUUCAACUCGUCCACGCCGCUGGCCCAGUUCCGAGAGGACAUCACCUGGCGGCGGCCCCAGGAAAUUUGUGCCACACCCCGGCUGUUUCCAGAUAACCCGUGGGAAGGGCAGGUGAAGCAAGGGCUGCUGGGGGACUGCUGGUUCCUAUGUGCCUGCGCAGCCCUACAGAAGGGCAGGCACCUCCUGGACCAGGUCUUUCCUCCAGGACAGCCUAGCUGGUCCGACCAGACAUACCGGGGCUCCUUCACCUGUCGCAUUUGGCAGUUUGGACACUGGAUAGAAGUGACCACAGAUGAUCGCCUGCCAUGCCUUGCAGGGAGACUCUGCUUCUCCCGCUGCCAGAGGGAGGAUGUAUUCUGGCUUCCCCUACUGGAAAAGGUCUAUGCCAAGGUCCACGGGUCCUAUGAACACCUGUGGGCAGGGCAGGUGGCCGAUGCUCUGGUGGACCUAACUGGUGGCCUGGCAGAAAGGUGGAACCUGAAGGACUUGGGAGGAACCAGUGGCAAACAGGAUGGGCCUGGGGGCCAGGAGCACAGAUCUUGCCAGCAGCUGCUGCACCUAAAGGACCAGUGUCUGAUUAGCUGUUCGGUGCUCAGCCCCAGGGCAGGUGCCAGGGAGCUGGGUGAAUAUCAUGCCUUCCUUGUCACGGAUCUGCGGGAGCUGCGGGGUCAGGCCGGCCAGGGCAUCCUCCUGCUGCGAAUUCAGAAUCCCUGGGGGCGACGGUGCUGGCAGGGCCUCUGGAGAGAGGGAGGUGAAGGGUGGAGCCUGGUAGAUCCAGCAGAAGAGUCUGAACUCCUGUCCCAGCUCCAGGAAGGGGAGUUCUGGGUGGAGGAGAAAGAAUUCCUCAGGGAGUUUGACGAGGUCACUGUUGGCUAUCCCAUCACAGAAGCUGGCCACCUGCAGAGCCUCUACACAGGAGAGGUGCUCUGCCACACGCAGGCGCUGCCCGGAGCCUGGGUCAAGGGGCAGUCGGCAGGAGGCUGCCGGAACAACAGCACCUUUCCCAGCAACCCCAAAUUCUGGCUGCGAGUCUCAGAACCGAGUGAGGUGCACAUCACUGUGCUGCAAAGACCCAGGAUGCGCAAGACAGACUGUAUAGGCCGGGCCUGGGUGCCAGCGGGUGGCCACUAUACCUCAGGGAGCCCGGCGAGCUUCCUAGGCAAAGACUACCAGGCCGUGGGCCUGCACAUCUGGAAGGUGGAGAAGCGGCGGGUCAGCCUGCCCAGGGUCCUGUCUGCACCCCCUGUGGCUGGCACUGUGUGCCACGCAUACGACCGGGAGGUGCAGCUGCACUGUGAGCUCUCACCAGGCUACUACCUGGCUGUCCCCAGCACCUUCUUGAAGGACGUGCCAGGGCAGUUCCUGCUCCGAGUCUUCUCCACUGGGAAAGUGUCCCUCAGUGCUGUCAAGGCCACGUCCAAGGGCACCACCCCUGGGGCAACCCUGCCUGAUGGAGAGUGGGGGACAGUUCAGCUGCGGGGCUUCUGGAGAGCCGGCCAGACAGCAGGGGGCAGCAGGAACUUUGCCUCCUACCCCACAAACCCCUGCCUCCCCUUCUCUGUCCCUGAUGGCCCCAGCACACGCUGCGUCCGCAUCACUCUGCAUCAGCACUGCCAGCCCAGGGGUGGUGAGAUCCACCCCAUUGGCUUUCACGUCUUCCAGGUUCCAGUCGGGGGUGGGAGCCCUGGUGCACCCCCGCUGCUGCUGCAGGAGCCACUGCUGAGCUGUGUGCCACAUCGCUAUGCCCAGGAAGUGAGCCAGCUCUGCCUGCUGCCCGCGGGGACCUACAGAGUGGUACCUUCCACCUACCUGCCAGACACAGAGGGGGCUUUCACUGUGACCAUAGCAACCAGAAUAGACAGGCGGCCCAUUCACAGCCAGGAGGUGCUUGGCCAGUUCCUCCAGGAGGUCUCCGUCUUGGCAGUGAGGAAAACCUAGCUAGUGGCACCUCAUGCCACUUCAGGUGACGAGCCUGAGAGCUACCUGUGAGCCUCAGCUUAGCAGGGUAGCUGUGUGCCUUGUUUCACAUGAGACUUCCUGUCCCAGGGAGAUGCUGCCCUGUGUCCGAGCAGGUACAGAACAGACAGGAACAACUCGGUGGCAUCUGAGACGCUGAUUUCAGGGCCCAGACACUCAGCCAUCCCAGAAUUCUCACACAUCAUCUGUUGCUGACUCUAGACAGGCCUUAUGCCAGGCAGGAGUACAUGGCAACAAAUCUUACUUGAAACUGCUUAUUAUUUGAAUCACAUGUCAGAUAUACUUUGUAAAUAAACAUAAGCACUGA